AUUUGAAAUUUAAUUUUUUGAAUAAUAAAUAUAUUGGAUACGUUUUAAUUUAAAUAAUCCAAGAAAUCUUGCGAGUAUUCGGUCUUUUUCAUAUUUUGAAAAUGUUGUUUGUUAUGCGCUUUUUAAAAACACCGGAAAGCGGCCAACAUGGUAGGGAGACUUUCAGAUCUUAAACUAUUCUGCAUAUCUCCGAACAAAAUUGUUUGUUUUGAACCAGUAGAGAGUUAAGAUCUUGAGCGACAAGUCCUCGACGGCUUGAGUGCUUGACGAGAGACAUGCAGAUAUGAGACUACACCAAUCGUUUGUUGUUGGUUUAAAUAAUUUUGGCAACACUCACUAUUUUUUGGACAGUAACUUUUGUUUUUUAGUCAAAGAGUUGGGUGGUUAUCGUGUUGACGUGGUGGGUUGCGUUUGUGUGGGUUACGUGUUUAUCGUCAACUUUCUGUCAUUAAACUAAUAUUUCUUUAGACUUUUUGCUAUUAAAAGUUAAUUGCCAUUUAAGUUUCUUCAGUUAUGUCAGGCCAAGUGUAUGUCAAGUCGGGUAAAAGUUUUCGCUACGAGUCAACGGAAAAAAAUGUAGUUGGGCGUGGCGCUCUCGGGAACGUUUUUGCCGGACAUAUUAAGCCGGAUUUGAAUACACCAUGGAAAAAAGAAAGGAAAAAAGACCCUAGUGAGGUAAAACAGGCGGCUAUCAAACGAGUGGAAAUCAAUUUUUCAGAGGAAAACUGGAUGGAUAUUAAAAAUGAUCAGGAAGUUGUUGCGUUGAAAGAAUUGAGUCAUCCUUGUAUCGUGCGUUUGUUCGCUGUUGAAGACGAAGAAGAUUUCAGAAACUACAUUUUUGAACUCUGUCAAGCGAACCUUGAAGAUUUUAUCACGAAAAAAUGUGUCGCGAAUGACGGACAUAAUAUGCCUGAUGAAGUAGAAGGACUUUAUCAGAUGUCGUCCGGUUUGAAGUUCAUUCACGAGAAAAAGAUGAUCCAUCGAGACAUCAAGCCCAAAAAUAUUCUCAUUUCGGUACUGGAUGGAAGUGCUCGACUGAAAAUAGCAGAUUUAGGAUUCACCAAACGGCUAAAAGAAGACGGGAUUCAUUACGAUUUGGCGAGUGGACUAAAGGGAACCGAAUAUUACAUGGCCUCAGAGUUAUUGGCUCUCAAGAAUUCAACAGGGCGUGUUUUUGAUACGGAAUUACGGAGUGUACAAUUGCGAGUGAUGUUUUCGCCGCUGGAUGCACUUUCUUUCGCUACCUCAACGGAGGUCUGCAUCCUUUCGGCAAAGGCUUCAACAUUGAAUUAA